AUGUGGGAGAGACUAAGUUUAAAGCGACAAUACAAAGAUGAAGGAGAUGAUGGUAUCAAGAAGAGCGCAGUCCAAUUGCGAAGAAUGUCAGUGAUCACCUUACAAGGUAUACUAUGCACAACUAAGCAGGCUGUUGACAAAAGCAAAAGUGCCGAUUUUCAGGUUCUUCCACUUCUGCUAGCUGGAUUCGCAACCUAUCAAUUGGAUCGAACCAACAUCUCCAGCGCGCUGACAGGUGGACUAGCAUCUGCCAUCUCGGUGGACCAAAAUACAAUCAAUCUGGGGAAUCAAUUCAUGUACAUUGGAGUGAUUGUACUUGAAAUCCCAUCAAAUAUAGUUCUGCACAAGAUUGGUCCCCGCUGGUGGAUUGGCGGCCAAGUGUUUAUAUUCGGCGUUAUCGCCGCCCUGCAGAUUUUCAUCCGGAAUAAAACUGGCUUUCUUCUCACAAGAGCCCUUCUAGGGCUUGCGGAAGCGGGAUAUAUUCCUGGGGCAAUGUUCACUCUGUCAACAUGGUACACGAGAGAAGAGAUCACCAAGCGCAUUGCGAUCUUCUUUUUUGGGAUGUUCGGUGGCACCGCAGUCUCGCCAUUAUUAGGAGCAGGACUGUUGAGGCUAGAUGGCAGAGGUGGAAUUUCUGGAUGGCAAUGGAUCUUCUUGGUGGAGGGGAUUUGGUCAGUGACCAUCUCUCUAAUGCUUAUGAUUCUUCUUCCAGAGAGAAAUAAGUAUCAAUCAGUAUCGGAAAUUGAAAAAAUUGACUCACAAGAGACUCAAGACGCGCAACGCACGACUGGUCAACGGAUCCCGUUGACGAUUGUCUGGCAAACGUUGACAAAUGUCUACAAAUGGCCGCAUUUUCUUGCAACAGCUUGUGUGUUUGCUACCUGGUGCCCUCUUACAACGUAUACGCCGAGCAUCAUUAUGUCCUUGGGGUUUACAAGGGUUCAAGCUAAUGCACUGGCUGCGAUUGGGUACUUGAUGACUCUACCCGUUGUAUUGUUCUUCGCCUGGCUGAGCGACAAAACGAAAAAGCGUGGCUUUAUGGUCAUGAUUGCCAUUGCAGCAUACCUAGUUGCGCUUGUUGUUCUUAGACUCGUGCAGCCCCUUGUCGGCCGAUGGAGUAAAUUCGGACUCUGGACAACCGUGAAUGGCCUAGCCGUGGGAUAUCAUCCAAUACACAAUGCAUGGAUCCAGAUGAACUGUCAGAGCCCCGAAGAACGAAGUAUUGCAGUUGCAAUGUUUGUCAUGACGGCCACUAGUGGCCUUAUGGCUGGCACUCAAAUAUUUCGCCAAGGUGAAUCAUCGGAGCUAUACCCAAAGGGAAUCAUUAUAAUGAUUGCGCUAGUUCUGGCAGGACUUCUGUUGACGGGACUCCAGGAGCUCAUAUACUUCAUCCAGAAUCGGAACACACGGAAGCGAUCUGACUCUGGACAGCUUAAUAUACUCUGA